CGUACCAACCGAAGAAACACUUCGGCACUUCCCGCAGAUAAAUAGCCUCACUGCGAUCCCAUCACACCUCAUCAGAGUAACUCAGAAAAAUGGCUGCUCCGAGAAGGUUAAACCCUAGCUUCCUCCCUCUGGCCGUUCAGCUGUGUCUCUUCGUCGCCUUCGUCUCCGCCGAAGUCAUCUUCGACGAGCGUUUUGAUGAUGGCUGGAAGGACCGGUGGGUCCCCUCUGACUGGAAGAAAGAUGAAAACAUGGCUGGAGAAUGGAACCACACAUCUGGUAAAUGGAAUGGAGACCAAAAUGAUAAAGGUAUUCAGACCAGUGAAGACUAUAGAUUUUAUGCCAUCUCAGCUCAGUUUCCUGAGUUUAGCAACAAGGACAAGACCCUUGUUUUCCAAUUCUCAGUCAAGCAUGAGCAAAAGCUUGACUGUGGUGGUGGGUACAUGAAAUUGCUCAGUGGUGAGGUUGAUCAAAAGAAAUUUGGUGGUGAUACCCCAUACAGUAUUAUGUUUGGACCUGACAUCUGUGGAUACAGCACGAAAAAGGUCCAUGCCAUUCUUAACUACAAUGGAACAAACCACUUGAUCAAGAAGGACGUUCCAUGUGAGACUGACCAACUGACCCAUGUUUAUACCUUCAUCCUCCGUCCCGAUGCAACCUAUAGUAUUCUCAUUGAUAAUGUGGAGAAGCAAACCGGUAGCUUGUACAAGGACUGGAAUCUCCUCCCACCAAAGAAAAUUAAGGAUCCAGAGGCAAAGAAACCUGAUGACUGGGAUGACAAGGAAUUCAUCCCUGAUCCCGAAGAUAAGAAGCCAGAGGGUUACGAUGAGAUCCCCAAGGAGAUAGCCGAUACUGAGGCGAAGAAGCCCGACGACUGGGAUGAUGAGGAGGAUGGUGAGUGGACUGCUCCUACUAUUCCUAACCCAGAGUACAAGGGCCCAUGGGAAGCAAAGAAAAUUAAGAACCCUAACUACAAGGGCAAGUGGAAGGCUCCUAUGAUCGAUAACCCUGACUUUAAGGAUGACCCAGAUAUAUAUGUCUACCCAAGUUUGAAGUAUGUGGGCAUUGAAUUGUGGCAGGUGAAAUCUGGAACCUUGUUUGACAAUGUUUUGGUGUGUGAUGAUCCCGAGUAUGCCAAGAAAUUGGCCGAAGAGACAUGGGGCAAAAACAAAGAUGCUGAGAAGGCUGCUUUUGAGGAGGCAGAAAAGAAGGCCGCCGAUGAGGAUUCCAAGGACGAUGAUCCAGUAGAUUCCGAUGCUGAUGAGGGAGAGGAUGAUGCCGAUGAUGAUGAUGAUGAUGACGCGAAAUCAGAAGACGUACAUGACGAACUCUGAGCGCGUGUCGGCAUAAAGUAAGAUGAAAUUGCAAUGGGCUGCUUCUCCUAGUCUCUGGCAGUUGAACUUACAAAUUUCUGUUACCACUUAGUUUCUCUCUUUUUUUUAAUUAAUACUGUAGCUUCGGAUUUAGACACUUGAAAAAGCCUGCAUGAGGGUCGUGUCAUUUGUGUUUUAGGGUUAUUAAAGAGCUAUCUGAGUUUAGGGUAAUGAAAACUACCCAGUUUUUUAUGGUUUUACAAACGGCUUUAAACUCAAUUGACUGGACCAGAGACGUUUUCCUUUUCAUGGCUUGAACAUUUUGCCCUCAAAAAAGCUGGGUCGACAACUAUAUGCAUGCAGGUGGGUUUGUGAAAUAUUCUCGGGUUACGUUUGGUACACGGAAUUUAAAUUAUGGAAUCAGUAAGGGAGAUAAUAAUUGUAAUUCUUGUGU